AUGAACAACAUUGAGAAUCAUACAUCGAUCGUGAAGUUGUCACCCGAGCUUAUUUUACAAGUGGUCUUAUUCUUGGAACCGAAAGCCGUGGUUGAACUGGGGUUGACUUGCCACCAGUUUGCGGACUUUAUGUUUGACAAAAAGACUGGUAUCGUAUUUCGACGGCUGGUGGAGCGAGAUUUUGGCAUCAACUAUAAGCUUCCCAGCAAUGAUGAUGAACAAGGCGAGACAUGGCCAUCAUUCUACAAAGACCUAUACACGCAUCGUGAUAUCCUUUCAUCCUACUGCUGCUGCCAUUUGUCGCGUCUGCCGGAUGAACCUUCAGAAACCAAACGCGUCUUGUAUAGGAAAUUUAAAGAACAUUCAUUUCCCUGCGACUUUUGUCAUCAUCAAACGGCCGAUUACCUCAACUUGAGUGUUGAAUCCAAUGUCAUGGCAUGUCGAUCAUGUUUGAUUGAACGCGACGAUACAUUCCCAGUGCAACUCGAAAAUUCCACAAGCAAAUUAUGGUGCUUUCAAUGUAAACGAGAGCUUGGAGGAGAUGGUGUGAACAAGAAUGAGGUAUAUCGAGCCAAUGGUUAUAUGGAGAAGCUCGACAUGGAACCCUCUUUGGAUCGUCGACGCAAAGCAGAGCACAUGUUAUAUAUCCAAGAACUGCGGAGGGAGGACAUGUCCAUACGACAUUUCUUAUUGGAAAAAAAUUGGGCACGAGCAUGGAUGAUGUUUCGAACGCGGGAAGGUUCAAGCUUGCCAGGCAAGAUCUCCAACCAAAAAUUGGCUCGUAGCAACGGCUCACUGAACCCAGGUAUACGAUUACCAAAUGACAAGUAUCGGCCGGCUCCAGAGACCUCUGCCGACAUCAUCAGUGAGCAUUUAUGGUCUUAUUUGUCUAAAGCCUAUGGCGUACAAGGAAGAGCAUAUAGUGAAGAUGAUAUGCAAUAUCCUGAAUAUGCACGAUUGAGAGCUUACAUUGAUGAUUUUAAGAAGAGCAUCCUGGCGUAUCCCUAA